AUGGGCCGGGCACGCCGUCCGAUUGCGCGACGCGGUCUCGGUUCCACUGUGAGCACUGGCCGUCUCCUUUCUCCUUUGCCACUGGGCCUUCGAGAUGAUGAGUUUUUCUUUACCGUCCACCAGAUCGCGAAGCUGGGGGCGGGCAACAAUACGCCUCCGCAUCAAGAUUUCAUCAAUCUCGUCUCGAGCGACGACGACGAUAUUGCAGUCUCACAACCGCCAGCAAAACGUGCAAAGACUGAGGAAACCGUCAGAUCUGACACCCACAAGGACUAUGUCCCGCUCGCAAGAUGCACGCUGAGGUUCUCGCGGGCAGCCGAGGACGACGCGCCGCCACCAAAACGGCUUCGCCGGAUCCCAGCCAACUCAUUUUAUGCUCUGCGCUACAGUAGUGGCAAGGGCCUUUCGAUUACGGCCAGAGGCCGCAAGGUCCCCGCCGUCAGCGAUGGUGCAUUUUCACCAGACGAUAUUGGUGGCCUCAGCGAUGCCGACAGGUUGAUCCUGGACCACCUCGCAAAGAAGAGCACGUCGGUCGAUCCACUGCCGGGUUGUUUGUUUACGGCCUACUUUUUCAGCGUUGAUGUGGAUAGCAACGCGGACACUGUGUCUUUGGUCAUUGACCUGGAGCUGCGAUGGAUGUUGUGCUCCUAUGUCUCGAAUCUCAUGCACAGUGAAACGGAGCGUGUUUGGCAGGCGCGGGUCCUGGCGACACUCUUCCCAAAUGUUGUGCACGGCGGCGGGCAUCAAUAUAAAAACGCCACCGACAACGAUACGUGGUCACCCCAAGACUUUUACGAGUCUGCUCAUGUGACGCGCAAGGACGACGACGAAUCAGACGACCUCUAUGUGCCGGGUCUCACCGCCAACCUCUUCCCCUUCCAGCGCCGUGCCGUCAAGUGGCUCCUGCGGCGAGAAGGUGUUCGGUGGGCGCCUGAUGAAGCAACGUCUGUAUCGCGUGGCACUAUCGACGAUAGCGAGCCCUCCGUCGUCGUCCCCUACAAGGCCCCAGAAGACCGGGAGACAACCUCGCAUUUUGUCGCAGUGAAGGAUGCGGACGGAAAUCCCUGCUACAUCAGCCAACUGUUUGGCGCAGCGACGCGCGACCCCUCCUACUUUGAAGCCUACGAGAACAGCAUACGUGGUGGCAUUUUAUCCGAGGAGAUGGGUCUCGGCAAGACUGUCGAAGUCAUCUCGCUGGUUCUCCUGCACCCUCGACCAGCAGACCAACUGGAUGCGCCAACCUCGCCGAGAGGCCCAACGCCAUCCGCUCGCCCGACAGGCGCAACAUUGGUGAUUGCUCCGCCGGCCCUCAAGAACCAGUGGAUUUCCGAGAUCCAGCAGCACGCACCGCACCUGCGUGUCAUGGUGUACUCUGGCAUGGCGCGGUCAUGCUCCACCCCCGAGGACGAAGCCAAUGUCGUGGAGCAGUUUGCGACGCACGAUGUGGUUGUGACGACCUACUCGGACCUCAAAUCAGAACUGCAUUUUGCCGUGGCCCCGCCUGAGCGCAACAUGCGUAGUCAAUCCGACGACGUAAAACGAUACCGGCCGCGGUCGCCGCUCGUUCAGAUGUCCUGGUGGCGCGUGUGUCUCGACGAGGCACAGGAGAUUGAAAACGGUGUUAGCAAUACAGCGACGCUCGUGCGGAUUGUGCCGCGCGUCAAUGCUUGGGGUGUGACUGGAACGCCUGUCAAGGACGAUGUCCAGGAUUUGCGCGGCUUGCUGCUAUUUCUUUCCUACGAGCCAUAUGCUUCCAUACCGAAAGUUUGGCAGAAUCUCACACGAAACCACAAGCGUGUGUUCCGCAACUUGUUCGGGCGGAUCGCCUUACGCCACUCCAAACGAACGGUCGGCGACGAGCUGGUGAUCCCACCGCAGAAGCGCUAUGUCAUCACGAUGCCCUUCACGGCGGUCGAGGAACAACACUACCAGAGCCUCUUUAAACAGCUCACCGAGGCGUGCGGCCUCGACACGGCGGGUGGCCCCCUCUCCCCUGACUGGAACCCCAACGACAGUGCCGUUCUCGAAGCCAUGCGCACGGCGCUCAGCCGCCUACGCCAGACUGCUUUGCACCCCGAAAUUGGUGUCCACAAUCCCCGUGUUGGGCAUCGUGCAGGGCCCAUGCGUACAGUGGAGGAGGUGCUCAACGCCAUGAUUGAGCAGAGUGAGAGCGCUUUGCUUGCCACCCGACGCGCGAUGCUGUCAUGCAAACUGAAACAUGGCCAGUUAUUCGAGAACUCGCCACGCGCGAAGAUCGCCGUCGACAUUUGGCAAGACGUUCUGGAAGAAAGCAGAGCGCUCGUCCAGGAUGCACGUGACAAGCUCGAAAAGGCACAAAAGGAGACGGCCCUGGAAGAGGAGGCGGCUGGCACGUCAGGUCCCCACAAAACGAGUCCAGGCGACGAGAGCUCCGACACCGACGAUGACGAUGACCUCCUGGGCGAUGAAGAUGGUCGUGGCAAGGCUGGUGGACGUGUUGGCGAGGCGCAGCGCGAUCUGCGGUUUGCCCUCGAAAUUCUACACAAGGCCGAGUUCUUCUGCGCCAACGGCUAUUUUCAGAUCAAGUCCAACGCAGAAUGGACACGGCCGGAUUCGGACGAGUUUCGGCGGCUGGAAAAGCUCGAAGUCGAAGGAUACGAGCGAGCCAAGCGCGUUCGGCAGGAAAUUUUGGCGGACAACCGCAGCAGGGCCAUGCGCUUCAUGGCUGAUCUGGCAGGCAAAGCCGGGACGCAGGGCUUCGUGGAGAUCCCCGAGACCGAGUUUGCCAAGCCCGAAGGCAUUGAGGGUCGGCGCAUCAGCGACGAGCUGGACCACCUUGCCGAGGUCCUGAGCACGCAGGCAGCACAGAUGGAUGCGUGGCGCGAGGCUGUGAUUCAACUUCUUCUCAAAGAUCUGGUAGAUGACGACGAAGACAAGGCCGGUGAGGCCGUCGAGAUUACAGGCGACGAGUACGAGGACUCGACCAAAGUGCAAGACGAGAUCCAGGCGUAUAUUACGAUUCUGAAAGCCGGCAUCAGCGACCGCAACAUGCUGCUCACAGGCCUUGCGCCCAGCGGUCUCGCGCUCUACGAAGAACGGCUGGCGCUGCGCAUGGCCAAAGACAACGAGGGGCCGGCGCCCGAGCUUACGCUCCGCCUGUUCGCCGAGCGCCAGGCCACGCUGCCGAAGCCGACCACAGGUGGUGCUGUCGUGCGAUCCCUCCGCGCCGCUGUGAUUGAUCUGCGCGACAUUGCGUCGCGUUUGCGCGGGCAGCUGUCGAGCGGGUCAAGCCUAAACAACAUUACCAGCCAGCGCGCACAGAUGGAGCUGGAGUGCGUGACCCGGCAACUCAAGCGCGCCCAGGAUGAGCAGACGCGGCAGCUCAAGGUCAAUGCGGCACUCGAGAAGGAGGCAAACAAGGUGCGCAAUGCGCUCAACUCCCGCAUCGCGUUCUACCGGCAGCUGCAGGCUGUGUCGGACAUGGUGGCCCUAUACGAAGGUCCGAAGGAUGAGGAGACGAUUGCGACGCAGAUUCGCGAAGAGAACGACUUGCUCCAAGUCCUGACCAAAGCCGAGGCCAAGCAUCGUUACUUGGUUCAUCUCAAGGAGGCCGAAUCGAAAGCAGACGAGUCACGCAUGUGCGUGAUUUGCCAGACGGAGUUUUGGACGGGUGUCUUGACCGUCUGUGGGCAUCAGUUCUGCAAGGAAUGCAUCACGCUCUGGUUCAAGGCGCACCGCAACUGCCCGGUGUGCAAGCGCAAGCUCACCAUCGACAACCUGCACGACAUCACACUGAAACGACAGGCGCUCAAGGUGACUGACGAGCAUGGUGGCAGCAACAGAGCUACUGACCGACAGGACGGGCGAAGCCAGCAAGACCGGCAGGAGCAGCAACAAGAGAAAGAACAACAAAAACAACGAGAACAGCUAGCUGAGUCAAAAAAGGCAAACAUCUACGCAGCCUUUAGCACGGACAAGCUAGAGGAGAUCAAAAACAUUGACCUGCCUGGCCCUUCGUUUACAACCAAGGUGGAUACGAUUGUGCGGCACCUGCUGUGGCUGCGGAGCACCGACCCGGGCGCCAAAUCGAUUGUGUUUUCGCAGUACCCGGCGUUUCUAUCGAUUUUGGCGGAGGCAUUCCGGCGCUACCACAUUGCCUUCUCGCGCUACACGGACCGCAACGGUAUCGAGCGCUUCAAAGACGACCCGAGCAUCGAGUGUUUUCUGCUGCACGCGCGCGCACACGCGAGCGGACUCAACUUGGUGAACGCCAGCCACGUGCUGCUGUGUGAGCCGCUGCUCAAUACGGCCAUCGAGCUGCAGGCCAUUGCGCGGGUGCACCGGAUUGGGCAGCAGCACGAGACGACGGUGUGGCUGUACAUUGUAGACGGCACAGUGGAAGCGUCCAUCUACGAUUUGUCGGUGAAGCGGCGCGUGGCGCACAUGGGCCGGGACGGAAGGGGCGGCGGUGGCAGCAGCAGCAGCGUGCUGCAGAGCGGAGGAAAAGGCAAGGGUCGAGGCAACGAGACACCGGAGCUGCUGGACAGCAGUCUGGAGCUGGCCAACUCGCUGGAGAUGCAGCAGGCGCAGCUGUCGAAGCUGAUGAGCAAGGGCAAGAUGGCAGGCGAAGAGGUGGCCAAGGGCGAUCUGUGGACGUGUCUCUUUGGCAAUGCGUCGUCGAACGCGAGCGAGGCAGCGCGCACGGCCCUGAACGAAGACCGCCUGCGCAACGACCUGGUUGUCCGGCGGCACUUGACUGCCUCGGCGGCUGAAGAGAGGCAACAACACAAUGGCGAGGGCGAGGCGUCUGGCAGUGCAUAG